GAUGGCUGCAUCAUGAUCUCUUUCCCACUGUUCCACCGGAUCGAAGCAGCCGAGACAGCGAGUCCAGCCAGCGGCACGACGAUUGGAAGACACCGGUCGAGGAUUGCAAACAUCUCUUAACAAGAAAGGAACUACGCUUGCACAAAGAUGGUGCGAUUCUUGACACUGGGGCUAGCAUUGCUGGCGUUCUCUGCGGAGGCAUUCCAGAGCGUUUUGUUGGCAUCCAAAACGCCAGCGACGUCUCUCUACACGAAAUCGAUCGUCGAGGACGAUGUCUCGGGCGACAGGAAGAGCGACCGAAGAUCCUUCCUGUCCGGGGGAACCAUCGGUCUGGUGGGGCUUGCCGGCCUGGCUUCMUCGGUCUUCCCCGGAACGGCYCUGGCCGAAGAGGAAGAAUCCUUUGCUUCCAUCGCCGCCCGCGCCCAAAAGCUGUCGUCCGAAGCCGGAGACCGCGUCGCCGCCGCAGCGAUUGCCAACGGGAGCGGGGACACCCGAACCGCGUACGACUUCGAGCUCCCCGUGUCCGGAAAGUCGAUCCCCUUCCGGGAACUCAUCGGACAGGAGGUCGACGAGGACGGCAGAUCGAAGUGCAAGGUAAUCCUGGUGUCGAACAUGAAGGAAGACGAUCCCAUCGCACGAAAGGACAUUCCCGAGUUCAUCUCGCUGGCGGCCAAGUACGGACGGAGCGGAGAAUUCGCCGUGAUUCUGACGCCCACGGACCAGGGRUACUACGAACCCGAUACCUCCCAGCUGAUCCGCCUCAARCUCGCCUCGGAGUACGGGUACGGGAUCAAUCCGGCCACUAUCCUGACGGACAAGACGGACAUUCUGGGAAAGAGGGCCCUUCCCUUUUGGCGGUGGAUGCAGAGCAACUGCCGAACCCCCGCCGGGCUGGGGCGCGUCGAGGGGAACUUUGAAAAGUUUUUGAUCGACGGGCGAACGGGACUCCCCCUGAGGCGGUACCCCCGAAAGUACAAGCCCUCGAACAUCAAGAACGACAUCGAGGCGAUCAUCGCGGGCCGUCCGCUCCCACCCGCCGGGGCCAACUUUCUGGAGGAGUGGAGAACCGCCGCCGUCGAGGCGGAGGCCAACACGUAUCGCUUCCAAAAGGGCCUCAACUAUUACGACUAGGAAACGGAAACGACCAACUCGAGCCAUCGUAGAAAGGAAGGAUGGAACUCGAGCCGAAACCGAACACGGCAAUGGCGGUAUCUGGAACGCUGCGGUUUUCGCUCGCUGUUUCGACGCAGGAGCAAUCUGUCGCAAAKUGGUCGCAUCAUCGAACGUUGUGGCCGGUUGCGACAAACAAACAAUACCGGCCGUGCUUGAGCCUCGUACCAUACUAACUAGAACGACCAUGAUACAGUACUGCACCAAAAAAAGAACUUUUCAUGC